AGAGUAAAAAUGGAAACAUUAAAGUAACCAAUUAGAAUCAAGUAAAAGCGUAACUUGACCAAUAAGAAAAAAAACUUUUCUUGCUUCAGCUUCCGCCGCGAUCAAAACAAUCCUAGUUACUUUGUUGUAGUGCAAAAAAUUGCACAACAGCAAAAAGGGAAUAAGAAGUUAAUUAAUUAUAUCUAAUGAAAAUCCCUAUGAAAAACAUGCCUGUAGAACUAAAUAGCUUGACGGAAGGGUGGCUAGAAUUAGAAAGUGAUCCAGGUUUAUUUACUUUGCUACUAGAAGACUUUGGAGUCAAAGGUGUCCAAGUUGAAGAGAUUUAUGAUUUGCACAAGCCAUUGGAGAGCCCUGUUUAUGGUUUUAUUUUCUUAUUCCGAUGGAUAGAAGAAAGAAGAUCUCGUCGCAAAUUUGUGGAACAGAUUGAAAGUUUUGUUAGAGAUGAAGAGACUAUAAACAACAUCUUUUUUGCACAGCAAAUGGUACCAAAUAGUUGUGCUACACAUGCCUUGCUUUCUAUAUUAUUGAAUUGUCCUAAUCUACACCUUGGAGAAACAUUAAGUAGACUAAAACAUCACACAUUAGGGAUGAACCCUGAAAACAAAGGCUGGGCUAUUGGUAAUACCCCAGAGCUUGCAUGCGCCCACAACUCUCAUGCAAUUCCGCAGGCCCGAAAGAAAACGGACAAAAAUGCCGGUGUGUCCACUGGCCGCUUUACAGGUGAAGCUUAUCACUUUGUGAGUUUUGUGCCCAUUAACGGACACCUAUUUGAGUUAGAUGGCUUGAAGCCAUACCCUACAGAUCAUGGACCAUGGGCAGGGGAUGAGGACUGGACUGACAAGUUCAGGAGAGUGAUGGCUGAAAGACUGGGCCGUGACGCUGGUGAACAAGUGCAUGACAUCAGAUUCAACUUGAUGGCUGUAGUCCCUGAUAGAAGAAUUGCAUUAACACAAAGACUGAGUGCAUUAGAAUUGAAUCAGAAAAGGGUGAAAGAAGCCAUCUCAAAGAUUGGGAAACAUCUGAGGCAUUUGUUGGCAAAGACAAGAGAGUACAAUGAACAAGGAGAACUUAUAGAAGGAAGCAAUGAAAAUUCCCUAAAUGACAGCAUAGCUCAACUAAGUGAAGAAAGUAUUCUUACGGGUCUAGAGUCCUCGGAAGUUCAGUUAUUUGAUUUAGACUUCACCCAGCCUAUUACAAUAGAAAUUGGGGCAUCUGAUCGGCCACAGCAAGACAACAGUCUGAUAUUAGUUGAUCCUGUUGAACAAGGUGCAGUGGCAAAAUUUGUUACCAUCAGCAGGGACAAUCAGAUUGUGGGAGAAGUCUAUCCAACCUCCACUACAGCUUUAGUUAAAAGUAAUGAACUACCAAUAUUAUUGUGUUGUGAGACAAUACCAGAUCAGCCAUACAAAUUGAGGAAAUUGUUGCUGUCACACACAGAACUAAAUGCGCUGAUGAGCAGUAUAGUUGGUGAAAUUCAGUCAUGUCAGCAGGCUCUGAAUGACGAAAAUGAUAAAAGGGAUAUGUAUAAGGUGGACGACUGCCGCCGCACGCACAACUACGACGAGUUCAUCUGCACGUUCCUCUCGAUGCUGGCAGAGAGAGGCGCUCUCGGCGAGCUGGUGGCGGCGCAGCUGGACAGGGGCCGCGCCCCGCGCGUGCGCCGGCGCAGGCCCCGCCCCCGCGCGCCCCGCGCCCGCCCCCGCCCUCGUCCUAGAGCUAGGAAGUGAAUUAUCUUGUACCCGCCGUGAUAUUCUUUAAUAUUAACCACUUUAUUUAGGUGUAAACACACUUACUUAUGUAAGUUAAUAGUAUUGUUUUGUAAUUACUACCUUUUGACGUAUAAUGUAUGUAUGUCAAUGUGUAAAGGGCAAUUAAAAUAAAACAUCACAUUUUAAA